AUGGCGUCCUCGCCAACGGCCUCUUCGGACCCGCCUGGGCGGAGUCCGUCCGUCCGUCCCUCCCUUGCGGCCGGCCGGCCUGCCUGCCUGCCUGCCUGUGCCCCCUUGUGCGGCGGCUGGCGGCGCGUGGCUUCGGCUGCGGACCCCGGGAGCGCUGGGUUCGAAUCGCCGCCUAAAUCGGAGGCCCCCCCCCCCAGCUUCAUACUGGGAGUUUUGCGGCAGAGCGUCCCUCUCUUCUGUGCGUCCUGCAUCUCCGGUCCUCCGCGGUCCCCUCUGGGCUUUGCAGUCCAGCCAGGCCUUCUGGGCCGGCAGCUGGACACCAGUUGGCCUCUCACCACCUCUUGCUUUGGCGCUCACGAGCUACUGAACAUUCCCAAGUCCUUCAAGCCUUUCCUCGCAUGGCUUCUUGCUCUCCGGGCCCUGAUCGUCCUCGUUGCCCUCCUUUGCACCCGCUCCACUCUGUCCAUAUCCUUUUUGAACUGUCGAAGCAGCAGCAGGAAGAGCCUGGCGGUGGGCACGCCCUCGCCCACCCUCUCCCGCCCGCUCUCCCCACUGUCGGUGCCCACAGCAGGGAGCAGUCCCGUGGAGAGCCCUCGCAUCUUCCCCACCGGAGCCUCGGCCAGUUUCCCGUUCGCUCGCAGGGCUGAUGGCAGAAGGUGGUCACUGGCUUCGCUGCCCUCCUCUGGCUAUGGGACCAAUACCCCCAGCUCCACCGUCUCGUCCUCCUCCUCCUCGUCCCAAGAGCGUCUCCACCAGCUGCCCUUCCAGCCCACCCCUGACGAGCUGCACUUCCUCUCCAAACACUUCCGAAGCACGGAGAGCAUCGCCGGGGAGGACGGGCGCCACUCGCCCUGCCUGCGCCCCCGGUCCCGGAGCCUGAGCCCCAGGCGGACGAGUGGGAUUUUCGACAAUGAGGUCGUAAUGAUGAAUCACGUUUACAAGGAGCGGUUCCCGAAGGCUACGGCCCAGAUGGAAGAGCGCUUGGCGGAGACGAUUGCCAGCUUCUGCCCAAGCAGCACGCUGCCCUUGGCCGACGGCGUCCUGAGCUUCAUCCACCACCAGAUCAUCGAGCUGGCCCGCGACUGCCUGGCCAAGUCCUGCCGGGCGCUGAUCACCUCUUGCUACUUCAUGGAGCUGCAGGAGAAGCUGGAGAAGAUGCUGAGAGAUGCCCAGGAGCGGUCGGAGAGCGAGGAGGUGCGCUUCAUUGAGCAGCUGGUCAGGAAACUGCUGAUCAUCAUCUCCCGGCCGGCUCGCCUGCUGGAGUGUUUGGAGUUUGACCCAGAGGAGUUCUACCACCUCCUGGAGGAAGCGGAAGGACAGGCCAAAGUGGGGCAGGGGAUCAAGACGGACAUCCCCCGUUACAUUAUCAGUCAGCUCGGACUAGCCAAAGACCCCCUGGAGGAAAUGGUUCAGCUCGGCCAGGAUGACUGCAGCUCCCCCACUGGGCUGGAGAAGCAAGAGGAGACGCCGGAGAACCGGACCGCCGCCCCCGUGCCUCGGAGGAAGCCCUGUGAGAGCGAUUUCGAAACCAUCAAGCUGAUCAGCAACGGAGCCUACGGGGCCGUAUACCUGGUGCGGCACAAGGAGUCCCGCCAGCGCUUUGCCAUCAAAAAGAUCAACAAGCAGAACCUGGUGCUGCGAAACCAGAUCCAGCAGGUCUUUGUGGAGCGCGACAUCCUGACCUUUGCGGAGAAUCCCUUCGUGGUCAGCAUGUUCUGCUCCUUCGAGACCCGCCGCCACCUCUGCAUGGUCAUGGAGUACGUGGAAGGUGGGGAUUGUGCCACCCUGCUGAAAAACAUGGGCCCCCUGCCCGUGGACAUGGCCCGAAUGUAUUUUGCGGAGACCGUUCUGGCCUUGGAGUACCUCCACAAUUAUGGCAUCGUCCACCGAGAUCUCAAGCCAGACAACCUCCUCAUCACCUCGAUGGGCCACAUCAAGCUGACCGACUUUGGGCUGUCCAAGAUCGGCCUGAUGAACAUGACCACCAACCUCUACGAGGGCCACAUCGAAAAGGACAUGCGGGAGUUUGUGGACAAGCAGGUGUGCGGCACCCCGGAGUACAUCGCCCCAGAGGUGAUCCUGAUCCAGGGCUAUGGGAAACCCGUGGACUGGUGGGCCAUGGGGAUCAUCUUGUACGAGUUUUUGGUGGGCUGCGUCCCGUUCUUUGGCGACACCCCGGAGGAGCUUUUCGGACAGGUGAUCAGUGAUGAGAUCCUUUGGCCCGAAGGCGACGAACAGCUUCCUGCAGACGCGCAAGACUUGAUCACGCGGCUUUUGCGGCAGUGCCCGCUGGAGCGCUUGGGCACAGGAGGGGCCCAUGAAGUGAAGCUGCACUCCUUCUUCCGCGGCCUGGACUGGAACGGGCUGCUUCGGCAGAAGGCCGAGUUCAUCCCCCAGCUGGAGGCGGAGGAUGACACAAGCUACUUUGACACUCGUCUGGAGCGCUAUCGUCACCUGGGCUCUGAGGACGAGGAAACCAACGACGAGGAGUCCUCCCUGGAGAUCCGCCAGUUUUCCUCUUGCUCCCACCGCUUCAGCAAGGUGUACAGCAGUUCGGAGUUCUUGGCCCACCCCUCUGUCCUCAGCUGCCCGGCGGCUGAGCAGAGCCAGGACAAGGACAAGACUGACGGGUCCGAAAGGGGGGACCGCAGCUCGGGAGACGAGGAGAAGAGCCGGACCGUGGCUCCAGAGGCCAGGCUCCGGGCGUGGACGUCCUGCGGCUCCACCUUCCAGUCCUUCAGGCAGGAGCGCAGCCGCAGCCCCGCCACCCUGAGCAGCACCUGCAGCCUGGAGGCCAUGCCCAAGUUCACCUUCUCCUCCGAGGACGAGAGCCCCUGCCGGGGACCACCCAACGGGGACCGCCCGGUGUUUGUGGUCGGGGACCCCGAGGCAGCAACACCGAGAGCGGCCGGCAAGGCCACGCAGCUGUCGGCUGACCUGUUCAGCCUGAGCUGCGCCCGCCUGCGGAGCAACAGCACAGGCACCAAGAGCUCCACCCCGCAAGGCUUGGAAGCCGAGAACGGCCGCCGGCGGGGCGGCCGCAAGGACGCCCUGGGGAAGCACCGCAUCUCCUCGGGGGGCCGGGUGCCCAAGUCCGCCUCGGUCUCCGCCCUCUCUCUCAUCAUCAGUUCAGACGACUCUGGUGGGGGCGCCCUGGCGAGCCCCCUCUCCCCCCGCUCCCUCUCCUCCAACCCCUCCUCCCGAGACUCUUCCCCCAGCCGCGACUCCCUGCUCGGCAGCGCCAGCCUGCGCCCCCCCAUUGUGAUCCACAGCUCGGGGAAGAAGUACGGCUUCAACCUGCGCGCCAUCCGGGUCUACAUGGGCGACAGCGACGUCUACGUCGUGCACCACAUGGUUUGGAGCGUCGAGGACGGCAGCCCUGCCCAGGAGGCUGGUCUGAGGGCAGGGCAUCUCAUUACCCACGUGAACGGGGAGCCCGUCCAGGGCCUGGUGCACACGGACGUGGUGGAGCUGCUGCUGAAGAGUGGUAACAAGGUGUCGCUGAGGACCACCGCCCUGGAGAACACCAGCAUCAAGGUGGGCCCUGCGCGGAAGAACAGCUCCAAGACCCGGAUGGCCCGGAGAAGCAAGAAGAGCCGCAAACGGGACAGCCAAGACCGGAGGAAAUGCCUCUUCAAGAAGAUCUCCAAGCAAACGUCCGUUCUACACACCAGCCGCAGUUUCUCCUCGGGACUCCAUCACUCCCUUUCGUCCAGCGAGAGCCUGCCAGGAUCUCCUACGCACAGCCUGUCGCCUGGGCCCACCACCCCCUGCCGCAGCCCUGCCCCCGACAUCCCCUCAGAUUCUGCCUCCCCACAGAGCACUUCCCCCUCCUCCAGCACCCCCACCUCCCCGGCAGGACACAUCCGGCCCAGCUCCCUGCAUGGACUGGCACCGAAGCUCAGCAGCCAGCGCUACAAGGUGGGGCGCCGCAAGUCAACCAGCAGCAUUCCCCCGUCCCCCCUGGCCUGCACCCCCUCCUCUGCCCCACAGCCCCUCUCUCCCCAAAGGUCUCCGUCGCCUCUUCCCUCGUUCACCAAGAGCGCCCAGGCCCUCCAGGGCAAGACUCUGUCCCCGCCGACGAUCAUGCGGCAGACGUCCCGGCCCCGCAGUGUCGACGGGUCCCGCUCCCCCUUGCUCAAGCGGGUCCAGUCUGCUGAGAAGAUCCCCACCUACCUGGCCGAGAAGAAGAACGUGUCGGGCACCUGCAAGCUCAUCCUGGAGAUGCCCAUCCCAGGGGAGGAGAGUUCUGAGGAUGGGAGCACCGCUGCCCAAGGAGAGGCCGGUGCGCCUCGCCUGUGCGACUGGCCCGGGGACCGUCACGAGCGGGACCAGGAGGUGGUGGUCAUGCGGCGGCUGAAUCUUUCCGAGCGCCGAGACUCCUUCAAGAAGCAGGAAGCGGUCCAGGAGGUGAGCUUUGACGAGCCGGAGCUGGGGGCCGGUGGCGAGGGCCAGACCAAGGGCCAGCCUGCCUCCCGGCGCCACGGGUCGUGCUUGGCUUCCUGGACGGAAGAGAGGACCUGCUGCUCGCCCCUCGCCACAGGCUCCAAGCGGCCGCCAGUGCCCCACAUCGCAGUGCAAGGGGACGAGCUGGUGGGUGGCGCGGCCGCUUGGGAGUGCCAGGGUCCCUCCUACCCCGUGCGGCUGGAGGCCCGGGUGUACACGGAGCAAGAGGAUGGGACGACGGCCGUGGAGUACAAAAGCGUCUCCUCCCAGCGCCAGGGGGGCCGGGAACAGAAGGAGUCCUCAGCGCUGCUCGGAGCUGGGCCAAGGACAAGCCUUGGGGGGCAGGCGGAGGACUCGCCCCCAGUACCCCCCAGGAGCCAAGGGUGGAGGAGGAGUCUGGAGAUCCGGCAGCAGGAGCUGGUCAGAGCCAGCUUGGCGGACCAGAAAGAGGACCUUGGCCAAACCUGGAGCAAAGCCAUGGAGGGAGAAUAG